AGCAGGUCACCUGCACAAGGUACAAGCUUCGCCUCACAAUACGCAAUUAGAUGGUGGUCGGAUGAUUUUGCUUUUCUUAAGGCUUCCCAUGUAACAGAUGAUCAAGGAUGAUUGUCACGAAUUCCCUUUUCCCAUGGCCGACCGCUGCUGGUGAGUUGCCACUCGCUGUCCACGGCCGUCGCCUGAGGCAUCCAGCAAAGCAAAGCAGCUUUCGGCAGGUCCUCUUGGCAACCGCACUCGGUGGCAUGUUUACUUCCACUCCGUAAAUACGACUUACAAAGUACGCGGGCAUAGCGCCGAGAUAGCAUCAGAAUUACAACCGCGAUGUCUUUGCUUGAUAGUCAUCUGGAGCAGAUUCUGCUCUCCUCCAAUGCCAUUGCUGAACUACCCUUUCCCCCACCACGGAUCUUCACAAACGCUCUCUUGGGCCCCCACGACAUCACCGCCCUUAUUCGCGAUACAGAGACCCACGAACGAGCUCUUUUCCAAACAGACCCGUCUGUGAAGGCAAUCAAUGCUUCACAACGUCGGUCAACCCGCCGAGGAACAGUAUUCCCAUCUGAGACAGAGGGAGAGUCAAUGGCCAGUCGGAUUUAUGCAGCCAGGAAUAACAAAAACCAAUCCGCUGUUGCAAGAGUCUUGGGGUCGGAUAUGAUGGAGGAAAUCAAACGCUCAGCAGGCACUUCAUCUAGAGGGCGCGGCGAAGUCGAUGUUGAUGUGCUUCUCCGAGGCGCAGAAAUCCUCUGCAACGUCUACCCGGUCUCGGGGGCGCAAGAAAAGAUCGCGAGUCUCCGUUAUCGUCAUCAACUGAUUACUGACUCGAUUCUCGACCUAGAGGAUCGGGUAGCGAGAAAUACCGCAGAGCUGGAGAAGAUGAGCCACUCAUACGGAAGCGACUUUGACGAUUAUGAUUCUUCAGGCACACUGCAACUAAAUAUAGCCGAUGUAACAGAUGCCGAUAUUCAGCAGGAAAUGGAUGAGAUCCGAGAGCUAGAGAAAAGGAAGAGAACAUUAGAAACCCGCGUUAGCGGUAUGGAACGAGACUUGGGUGGCUUGAUUGGAUGAUUGGCUCUUUA